UUUGUUGUUGUUUACAUCGAAAACUCAUCAGUUCAUGCUUGGCAGUUCAGAAUUGUUUUCCCUAUCCGAUUUCCUUCGACAGGGAAAACAGUUUUCGCCGCAUACAAUAAAUCGCCAAACUUAGCCAAGUCAAAGAAUACACGUUCUCUGGCCAAGUGCCGCUUACUGCAAAUUUGCCGUAAGGGCAGGUAGCGUGAAAGAAAUUUGUCCAGUUUACGGAAGGGUUAAUUCAUGUCUCAAAAAUGAAAACUUUUACUUACGCGCCAGAUGUGUGGAAAUGUCUGAAUGGUAUAUUUUGCGUAUAUAAACCAGCCCAUUUGCCUACUGCUCAUGUUCGCAACACUCUGAAAAUUGUACUGUGCCGAGAUUUAAAUGAAAUGGAGAAAAGGACCCCAAAUGACUUGGUGCAUUUGAAAGGUACCAUUGCUUCUGGUAAAGCUUUUGAAGUAGAACUCAUACCAAAUUAUGCUGAUCAUGAAUUAGUUUCAGGUGCUCGAUACCAAAUUCAAGAUAUUAGAAUAAAAUGCUUAUCAUGGCUGGGAAGAAAUGCAUCUGGAGUUAUACCUAUGGCAAUCAAUGAUGGAUGUAAAAAUGUGACAGAUUAUCAAGAGAGUAAAUUUCUUUCAAAGUAUGAAAUUAAAGGAAAGUUUGGUCAGGCCACAGACACAUUCAUGGCAGAUGGAAAAGUUAGGGAACGAUCUACAUUUGCUCAUAUCCGACAAGCAGCUAUUGAUCGUUUGUUAGCAUCAAUACAAGCAUCUCAUCAAGCAUUAGCAUACCAAUAUUCUGGAGUUGACCUUGGAAGUCAAGAAGCAUAUGAAUUAGCUAAAAAGGGAAUUAUUCGCCCUAGUGGAAAAUCAAAUCCUAUUAUCUAUAGUAUCAAGUGUUCCGAGUUUGACCUCCCGCAUUUUGUUCUUGAAGUUGGAUGCAUCAAUGAGACUGAUCUGUUCCUGGCUGAACUAAUUCAUCAGAUAGGUGUAUACUUAAGAAGUUCUGCUGUAUGCACACAACUACGUAGGAUCCAGUUUGGAUACUUCACUACAGAACAUGCUUUGUUACGAAAGCACUGGACACUUGAAAAUAUUCUGAGCAAUAUUACCUUAUGUAAAGACAUUCUUGAUGGAGAUACUUUUGUGCCUACCUCAGCUCAUUUUAAAGUUGUAAAAGCAUCAGACUUGGAACAGAUUGUGCUAAAUAUGCAAAACAAGGUUAGGCAGGAGCAUUUGUAAAUAGUUUUAUUAAAAAUUGUUUUUUGUCUAUAAA